AAAAAAAAAACAAUGCAGCGAGCUGGAGGCAUGUUUUUCCCAUCUACAGGUAAAAAAAGGAAAAAACAACCUUUGUGCGAAAGUGAAACUGUUCGAAGCGAGAAAACAGGAAGUGAAGAUUGCAACUUUACGUUCAACUUUUGAAACCAAAUGGCUACAGUGAUUCUUGACGCACUUCAGGAGCUACUGGAUGCAGAGUUCAAAGAAUUCAAAUGGCACCUGUCAAAUAGUGGGACACAAGACAACUAUAUUCCUCGUGGGCGGCUGGAAAACACUAAUCGCCAUGAUGUUGUGGAUCUCAUGGUGCAGCAGUACAAAGUUUCAGACGCCGGGAAGAUUGCAAUCAGAGUGUUACGCAAAAUUAAGCAAAAUGAUCUUGCUGAUCAACUGAAGGGAAAACUUCAGGAAGUUUCAGAGGACGUUUCUGCCGAAGGUGGAGCUUCAUCCGGUGCAGCGGCUGCAAACGCUUCAAAGACAGGAGUUACAGUGACCAUCAGUUCUGCGAGUGGAGGAACUGUAAAGGCCCCUGUUCUUCAGGGUGGUGUUUAUAACGGCCCAAUGACCUUUAACUAAUGCUCAAGGAUCUUUUAGUUUUAGUCAUAUUUUAGGCAUCUGAAUUGUUUGUUUUUUAAAGCACCAUUCACACCCAGAACGAUAACUAUAAAGAUAACGAUAUUAGCGUCCACACCAGAACGAUAUUGUCUGUUUAUUUUAAGCGCAUGUGCUUUAAAUUCUCAAGCUCGUUACAGCAGGAUUGAUUCUUUUUGGCUGUCAAUGUUUUUUUUUUUUUUAUUGUUCCUGAGCUGGAAAAAAUCGUUCUGAAAGUGAUUCCAA